AUGCAUACAGAACAUUCCUGGUAUGAUUCUGUCCUACGCGGCUGUUCUGUGGGGCAGCGUUGGUUUAUCUCCGUCCGCCUUCUCUCCCACCGAAGUGCCUGCCGCCACCUGAUAGAAGAUGCGAUGGAUGUGGACAUGAGCCCCCCGAGGCCCCAAAACAGUCUUUUCGGUUGUGAAUUAAAGGCCGACAAAGAUGAUCACUUUAAGGUGGAUAAUGAUGAAAACGAGCACCAGUUGUGUUUAAGAACGGUCAGUUUAGGGGCUGGUGCAAAGGAUGAAUUGUACGUUGUUGAAGCAGAGGCAAUGAAUUAUGAAGGUAGUCCAAUUCAAGUAACACUGGCAACUUUGAAAAUGUCUGCGAAAAUGUCUGUACAGCCAACGGUUUCCCUUGGGGGCUUUGAAAUCACACCACCAGUGGUCUUAAGGUUGAAGCGUGGUUCAGGUCCAGUGCAUAUUAGUGGACAGCACUUAGUAGCUGUGGAGGAAGAUGCAGAGUCAGAAGAUGAAGAGGAGGAGGAUGUGAAACUCUUAAGUAUAUCAGGAAAGCGGUCUGCCCCUGGAAGUGGUAGCAAGGUUCCACAGAAAAAAGUAAAACUUGCUGCUGCUGAAGAUGAUGAUGAAGAUAAUGAUGAUGAAGAAGAUGAUGAUUUUGAUGAUGAGGAAGCUGAAGAAAAAGCACCAGUGAAAAAAGGACAAGAAUCCUUCAAAAAACAGGAAAAAAUUCCUAAAACACCAAAAAGACCUAGUUCUGUAGAAGACAUUAAAGCAAAAAUGCAAGCAAGUAUAGAAAAAGGUGGCUUUCUUCGCAGAGUGGAAGCCAAGUUCAUCAAUUAUGUGAAGAAUUGCCUCUGUAUGACUGAGCAGGAGGCUAUUCAAGAUCUCUGGCAGUGGAGGAAGUCUCUUUAA